AUGAUUUCAGGAAGUUCUUCAAUGGAGACAGAAUCCAAAAUUGUAGAAAGAGAGUGGCUUCAGGUGAAAUCAAACGGCAAAAAUGAGAAAAUGCCUUUGAUUCUUGUCGAGUUCUCUGGGUUUGUCGGAGAAAAAUGUGGGGUUUUUGUUUGUUUAUUGAGGUUCGGAGAGCAAACGGUUGUACAAGCCUACGUGGAAGUGCACGAAGCUGAGACUUGGAUUGACAUGUCAUUAGUUGGCUAUGCGGUUGACGCGAGGACUGCUGACAGUGAUAGUCCGUCUCCCAUGUAUAGCGAGUUCAGGCAUUCAGGGAGUGAAGAGAGAAGAAAAUCCACCGAUCGAGAGAGGAGAGAAAAUUCAGACAGUUCGACGAUGGAGAUCAAGGCCGAGAAAACACCGAUGAAGCGUUCUAAGGCGGCUCGCACAGUGGUACCUCGCAACUCUAUUGAUGUUUGGAGUGUGCAAUGUGAGGAUUGCCUCAAGUGGAGGAUAAUACCAAACCAAGAAGAGUACGAGGAAAUCAGAAGAAAAAUAGUUGAAGAUCCAUUUGUCUGCAGUAAAAAAUCCAACGUUUCUUGCGAUGAUCCUGCUGAUAUGGAGUAUGAUAAUUCAUGUGUAUGGGUCAUCGACAAGCCAAAUCUGCCCAAAACCCCUCCUGGAUUCCAGAGAGAAUUGGUGCUGAGGAAAGAUUUUUCAAAACUUGAUUGUUACUAUUUUUCCCCCAAUGGGAGGAAAUUGAGGGCAGGUACUGAAGUUGCAUUACUCCUGAAAGAAAAUCCGGAGUACAAGGAUUUGUCUACCUCAGAUUUCAGUUUCACCGUCCCAAAGGUCAUGACGGACACUGUACCUGUUGAUGCGGCAAAGGUGGAAUCUAGUUGUAGCAGUAAACGAAAACUUUCAUCUGUAUAA